UGUCAAGGUCCUACACUUUCCUACCCAAUUAUUCUAUUCUUUCCAAGUGUAUGAUAAAAUAAAAUAUAGCAACAUAUGGGGCAACCUAUGUUUUUUGUUUUAGCUUUCAGAUCGGAUAUUCAAACGUGUGGAAAACUUUCACCACAAUCCAUUGAGAUUUUAUCCAAACCAUCAAGUGUCCGUACUGACCAGGAAGUCAAGUUAAUUCAGAAGAUAGUGUAUCGACUAAAAUGUUUCGAUCGAUAUCCGUUGUUUGUGAAGCAAGAAUUGGCAAGAGUGAUUUAUUACGAUAAAUUUGAAGAUGGAAGGCUUAUCAUUAAACAAGGUCAUCCUGGAAGUUCGUUUUAUUUCAUCGUGUCGGGAGCUGUGAUAGUUGAAAGGAUAGAGUUCGAUCCCUUUAUCAACGAACACUACACACAAGUAAUUGGGGAGUUACAGGCCGGGGAUUCGUUUGGUGAACUGGCAUUACUUCACAACACCAAAAGAGCUGCUUCCAUAUUGUGCCGAGGGACAUCAGAAUUCUUAAGAGUGGACAAACCUGAUUUUGAUGAGGUGCUACAUACUAGCCACCAGCGAGAGUGGGAGAUUCGUGUUAAUUUAUUAAGUUCUCACCCAGUUUUUCAAGGAUGGACAACCAGGGAACUAAAACUUGUAAAUGGACACUCUAAAAUGAAGAACUACCCUCCAAACAGCGUAAGGCGAGAAUGCUACUUGAUUUUUGUCAACCGUAGAGUCUUUAUUAAAAUUCUUUUUUGGCUGCUGUUUUCUUUGUUAAUUCCAGUCUUUGUUUUACACGUAUCUAAAUUCUUCGUUACAAGGUGUGAGGGUGUCUGUUUACAUUUCAAUGUCUUAUUUCAGGUGAUAGUUAGCGAAAAAAAGCUGCGAAAUGAUCGUGUGUUUUUCAUCGCGUCAGGACACUGCUCUGUUGUGCGGAGGAUUGAUUUACUCAAAAAGUUCGUGUCGAAAAAGAAAUACAAGUAUACGUUACCACCGUUGAAAACUGGUAAUGAAACAAAUUCUGUCGAUACAUUUAAACGUCUUAGUAGCUAUAGUAACGAAUAUAUGCCGUGUAAUAACGACGUUCAAUUGGUAACUAAAAGACGUUGUUCAAAACAGGCCGACGUCUUGGAAACGCGGUAUUUUAUGGUUAGAGAAUUAUCUGAUGGAGAUUUCUUCAAUGUCGGUGAAAGUUUAGAAGGACUGUAUGUUAUCAGUGUUGGGAGGGUAGGUUUACAUUAUUGUUACAAUACAGCGAAUGGUAAGGGUAGCUUUACAUUGUUUUUUCAAUCAAAUGGGAUAGCAGGGCUAUCUGUAUAUUGUUGCUAGAAAUAAACACUUCGUACCCGAAACAUCAAUUUUUUUUAUCUUUCUGAAUCUAAUAUCAAAACCUAUUCAUAUCCAAUCACGCUGUCCUCAUACUCGUUGUCUGUGUAUGAACCAAAGAUGGCGGCUGCGAAUUGUGACGCGUGUGAAUUCCCGAGAAUUUUUAGCUCACGGCUAGUUUUGAAUAUUUUAGGUUGAAGUUGUUCAAAUUGGCACGAUAGCAUUUUCGCGCCAUAAUGGCGGACGUGUGCUGGAAGAAAUGAAAUCAACAUAUUUGCAAAGUCUAUUGACAUUUCAAGAAGCAUAUGAAAAAUACAUAACGGAGCGACGAUGGAUUUGUUAUAAAAAGAAUUUAGUAAAAUCAGUUGCUGAGAAGAGAAAGAAGACACAUAGCGUAUCGAUCAAAGAUGUACCUGGUGUGUUGAAACAAGAGCAAAUUUACUAUCUAUAUCAAGACAAUAUUUUGUAAACGACCUACUUAUUGUAGAUUUAUGUACUCUUCUCGAGUUCUUACGAAAACGUGUUUUAAUUACGGAACAA